ACUUUUACUAACGUGGCGAGGGAAUAGUCGUUGUUUCUAAUCGCCUGAUAUAUCUCAAAUAGGUGAUAGCUGCUAUGCAGGUAAUCGUGUAACAUCAGCAGGCAAAGGCGCCUCGUAACAAACUGUCUCUUACGCACCAGAGCAAAACGUUGCAGAUUAAAACCUGCUUCUGCAUGAUCCGAGUCGUUUCAAGUGAAGCGUUGAGAGAGUCUCAAAGUUGCCCAGAAAUCACAAUUUCUGGUCAAUAUUUACAAAAGCGGGUUAGUGAUUAACUGUCCGCGGUUGCAGCAGCUGCACACAGUCCCAGCACACAGACCGCGAGCAGCUCGGCUCUUCUGUCCGCUUCACAAUGCUGUGCGCCCGCGUAUGGAGAUCUGUGAGUCCCCUCUGCAGAGGAGGUCACCUGUCAGUAUGGAAACGACCCCAGAGCCACGCAGCAGCUGUCAGGCUGGACCUCGGGGGGAUUUAUCCACCCAUUGCCACUCCGUUUACCGCCAAGGAGGACGUGGACUACAAGAAAUUGGAGGAAAACCUGCAGAAAUAUAACAAGAUACCAUUCAGAGGUCUGGUGGUUCAGGGCUCCAAUGGAGAAUAUCCGUACCUGACAGAGGAGGAGCGGGUGGAGGUGGUGAGGAUGGUCAGGCGAUCACUGCCGACAGACAAACUGCUGAUGGCUGGAUCAGGCUGUGAAUCCACAAGAGCCACAGUCCAGCUCACAGAGAAGAUGGCAGCAGCUGGAGCUGAUGUCGUCCUUGUGGUAACGCCCUGCUUCUAUAAGGGCAAGAUGGACAGCCGCGCUCUGAUCCAGCACUUCACAAAGGUGGCAGACAGCAGCCCAGUGCCAGUGGUUCUGUACAGUGUGCCAGCCAACACAGGACUGGAGCUGCCGCUGGAUGCUGUCGUGCAGCUGUCUCAGCACCCAAACAUCCUGGGCCUUAAAGACAGCGGAGGAGACAUCUCACGGAUUGGCCUGAUUGUUCACAAAACCAAAACGCAGGAUUUCCAGGUGUUGGCGGGCUCAGCAGGGUUUCUCAUGGCCGCCUAUUGUGUUGGUGCGGUUGGCGGAGUGUGUGCGCUGGCUAAUGUGCUGGGCCGGGAGCUGUGUGAGUUGGAGCGUCUCUGUGUGUCCGGUCGCUGGGAGGAAGCCAGAGUCCUGCAGCAGCGUCUCAUCGAGCCCAACGCUGCCGUGACCAGGAAGUUGGGUGUUCCCGCCCUCAAGCAGGCGAUGGAGUGGUUUGGUUUCCACGGCGGCGCCUGUCGAUCACCUCUUCAGCCGCUCACAGAGGCCGAGGCUCAGCAGCUGAGGCGGGACUUCUCCUCAGACGGCUGGCUGUGAGGUGACAUGGGCAGGGUGCGUGUGUGUGUCUGCGUCUGUGUGUCUUCACUUAAACUGGAAACCUUUUAGCUGUUCAGUCGUCAGACCUGUCAGUGUGAUGUGGCACAGAGGGGGAACGCAACAAGAAAAGAAAUCUGUUGCCACCUCACAUAAAAAUACCAAAAACCAAAUCAAACAGGAUCAUAUAGAGUUCAUUAUACACUGUAGGUCUGUUUCAAAAUCACUUACAUCCACAGUUUUGUGUCACAAAAAAAGCCUGAAUCAAAAAUGUUUACAAAUUACUACAACUUCAGAGUUCUUUCUCAGGGAACAACUGUAAUUUAGAUCCUUGUUUUACUACUAAAUAAAUAAAUAAAACCUUCAACAGACGGGAUGAUGAAUCGAUCAGUGUGUGUCACUACACAUCCAUGUGGGUCAUAUCAAGGUCACACUUUGUACCCAACUGUUUAAAACUAAGAAAUAUUAUUUUUAAAUGACCUUUUAAAUAAUUGUGUUUACACUGAAAGAAAUCAGUCAUACCAUCAAGUUGCUUCACUGCUGCACCUCAUUGGCACAGAUAUAAAAAUUCAGUAAACGGAAAAGUUAACAAAAUGUUGUUUCUGUACUUGUUUCAACAAUAAAAUUGCAUUUCACUUAAAUAA